AUGCCUUCGGAGCUGGAGGAGCUGGUCGACUUCCUUCACCACGGAAACACCCAGAUCCGCCAGAUAGCGUGCGAGAACCUCGUUGGCUACUCCGCCUCCCAGCCUGCGCUGUUCAAGAGACACCAGCUGCUCCCCGUCAGAGACCUCAAGCUGCUCGUCAGGGACUACCCCCCGAUUGCCAAAGAUGCCCUGACCAUCCUCGUCAACCUGUCGGCGGAUGAGGAGGUCCUCAAGGAGCUCGCAGAGGACGAUGCCUUUCUAGAGACCCUCCUGAAGAAAGUCACAAAUCUAAAGGAAAGGGCCGUCAGCGAGAUCACCAUGUUGCUCGCCAACCUGGCCAAGUCGGACAGCAUCAGACGGAUAGUCAGCCUGGAGAGAGCGGCGCCGGAAGGCGUGUCGACCUCCUCCAAGGCCAUGGACCAGCUGAUGGACUGCUUCAUCAAGGGAGGAGACAGCGCCGCCGGUGACGACGCGGACCGGGCGUACGACUACCUAUCCUACUUCUUCGCCGACAUCUCCAAGUUCCAGGAAGGACGGGCUUACUUCGUCACCGAGCAGGCGUACGACUCCGUCAUCCCCAUCACCAAGCUGACCGUCUUCACCGAGCACCGCAGCCACAUCCGUCGCAGGGGCGUCGCCUCGACCAUCAAGAACGUCGCCUUCGAGGUCUCCUCGCACCCGUCCCUCAUGUCGGAGUCGGAGGUCAACCUGCUGCCUUACAUCCUCCUCCCGCUCGCCGGGCCAGAGGAGUUCGGCGACGAGGAGAGCUCCAGCAUGCUCCCUGACCUCCAGCUUCUCCCGCCGGACAAGCAGCGCGACCCCGAUCCGGACAUCCUCACCGCCCACCUCGAGACCCUCCUCCUGCUCACCUCGACCAGGGAGGGGAGGGACACGCUGCGGCGGAUACAGGUCUACCCCCUGGUGCGGGAGUGCCACCUGCACACCGCCAACGAGACCGUCCAGGAGGCCUGUGACCGGCUCGUCCAGGUCAUCAUGCGAGACGAGGAGGGCGAGGGAGACGCCGCCGAAGCAGCCAUGAACAGGGCCAGGCUUGAGCUCAAAGACAGGCCCGACGACGAAGACGAGAAGGUGGUAGACGUGUUUUGA